AUGCUGGCUGCUCAGUUUCAGCCCUGGGUGGAGUUACCACGCUGUGGCUGCUCAGUUCUCAUCCCCUGGGUGGAGUUACAUGCUGCGGUGCUAAGUUCUCAUCCCUGGGUGGAGUUACCAGCGCUGGCUUGCCUCAGUUCUAUCCUGGGCUUAAAUCCAGUAGCACUCAGCAGUCAGAAUGAUGGGUAUUUUACUGUGCCAGUGAUGGUCCUCUUUAAGUCAUAUGUUCUCUCUAGGCAGGAAUACUACUGCAAACUAACAGCCUCAUUCAAGACAGGUGAAAUUUCAGAUCUAGAGAAUAGUCAGAGAACCUUCAUUACACGCAUUAGUUCAGUCAAGCAUCUUUAUUACAGGGAACAUUUGAAGCUUCUUGUCCUGUAUUCCCUGGAACACAGGUGCUGUUUUGUUGUAGAUAAACGUCGAAAGAAAGUUGCCGAGGCAAAAGAAGCAAUAGCCAAAGCUAAAAAAGAGGAAUCAAAAGAGGUUGCUGCCAAGAGAGCCAAGUUGAAGGAGAAACAGGAAGCAGCUCGUGCUAAGAGAGAGGGUAAAAAGAAACAGAAGACACCUAAAAAGGAUACAGAAGGUGAGGAAGGAGACAAAAUGAUUGAAGGAGACGGGGAUAUGGAGUUUGACACUCGGAGUGAAGCAUCUUCAGAUCACCAGUUCUCAGACGAUGAGCCGUCCAUGAGCGAGGCAUCCCAUGCUUCCUCCAUAUCAAGAGAAUCUUCAAUUGAAAAAGAGGAAAUAGAAGAUAAAGAUGAGAACAGGAAGCGCAAGCGCAGCACUUCAGAAACUUCUAUCAAAAGCAGUGAAGAUCCACUCAAAAAGCCAAAGGAAAAUUCUACCAAGAAGAAAUACGACUACAUAACCAAAGUAAACUACAUGUUCCGAGAUGCAAGAUUCUUCCUCAUGAAAUCCAAUAACGCUGAUAAUAUAUCACUCUCCAAGACAAAAGGAGUCUGGUCAACACCACCACAAAAUGAGGCUAAGCUUAACCAAGCAUACAGGGAGGCCAGGAAUGUCAUUCUCAUAUUCUCUAUUAAGGAGAGUGGACGCUUCUGUGGAUUUGCUCGACUUGCUGGUGAAUCUCGAAGGGACCUUCCUCCUGUUUCCUGGGUUUUGCCACCAGGAUUAUCAGCACGUGCUCUGGGAGGAGUAUUUGAACUGGAUUGGAUAUCAAGGAGGGAUUUAUCUUUCACUAAGACACAGCAUCUUUAUAACCCUUGGAAUGAGGGCAAACCAGUUAAGAUUGGCAGAGAUGGUCAGGAAAUUGAACCACGCGUUGCAGAGGAGCUGUGUCGGUUGUUUCCUAAGGAUGAAGGAAUUAAUCUCACCCCCGUUUUGCACAAGAGUAAGCGUGCAGCCCGGGUGGCCCGUGCUAGGGGUCCACUUCGUCGGCCACUACAGUCAACGGGAGACCGGCGUGGCCGUCCCAGAGAACGUGGAAGCUUCAGAGGUCGGGGUGACAUUGGCUUCAGUUCUUCUUUUAACAGUCGUGGUGGUGGUCGACGGCGACGGUACGAGGGUGAGGAUUAUGGUCCCCGAGUCAAACGAUUGAGAGGGCCGCCAAACUUCCGAGGCAGAACUGAAAAACCAGCCGCAUAUUACAAGCAACGUAUAAUCGUGAGGAUGCGGGAAAGAUCACCUGUAUAUAGACCUACUGACUCAGUGACAUACAGCUAUUCAACCCCUUAUUGUCUGGAAUCUUCAUUGCAGACCUACCAAGAUUUCAUGCGAGAGAUGCGGGACUUUCACUCCCGUGCUCCCAGCAAUCUCCCCCCUAUGGCUUUUCCUCCACCGCCACCUUUUGACCCAAUUGGCCCCCCUCGAUAUUAUGAUGGUCCUCCAUUACCUGAGUAUCCAGCGUCACGAUCACGCUCCGAAAAGAGACCUUCAGCUGAUCCUUAUGAUCGUAGCGUGGACGAGUUCUUGCAGCGAACUAGGGACCGGCGAGAACGAAGUCGUGAACAUCGAUAUCGAGAACGUAGAUAAAGCACACUUUUUUUUUUUUUUUAACUUAGUUUUGAUAUGAUCUUAAGAAACAUGAAAUGGACCAAAAUGUGAAGUGGCAGACACUACACGUCGUCUCUAGAUGUGUGGUAGAGGCGGAGAAAGUGGACUAGAGAAAGCAAGAGAGGAUACAGGUAAACAGAUGCACUUGUGUUAAAACCAUUAAUGCUCCAAAAAGUAUUUUGGAAAGCUACCUCACGUAUUACCUCUGGCGAGUGAGUUAGAAUAUGUAAGUCAUCGUUAGUUAUAAUUCGUCUUCAUUCUGCCGUGUUUAUUUUGAUAUACGUAUAACUAAAAUUCUCCUUUUGUAACACAUAGAAAUGAAACUAUUAUUAUUUGUAUAUAAGUAAGGUAAAAGUGUGUAUUGUGUUUUUCAUACUCUAGAUGUAUAACAUAAAAAGCGAGAGUGCAAAUAGAGUUUAUAAGACAUUCAUAUACCAUUUAAAAAUAUUAAAUAAUCUUAUACUGUA